GUGACGUCAGGUUUCGCGAUACUACAGCCACGGUGACGCCGUCUCCAUGGUAUUUCAACAUGGCGGCCAGUGGGAAACAUCCAAUACUUUCCUCCACGCCACUGCAGGUUCUCCUGUACCUCAACAGUUGGUACUUUGCAGCGUUCUUCAUCGCAGAGUGCCUUAUGUUUGUGUAUAAAGGUGUUGUGCUUCCAUAUCCAUCACCAAAUCUCAUCCUGGACAUUGUGUUGCUUCUUCUCUUUCUCGGUCUAGAAAUUCUCCGACUCUUUUAUGGCUGGAAAGGGAACCUGUGUGAGCGCGCCCUGGCCAUGUCAGUGAGUGUGGGGGUGCUGGUGCCCUGCACAGUGCUCUGUGUGUACUAUCUCCUGCUGCAGACAUUUGUCCUACGCAUGGAGUUCAUACUCAACGCUAUUCUGUUGUGCUUCUAUGGGUUUGAACUGAUUCUCGGCCUAAUGUCUAUCUCUACUUUCUCCAGGGCAAGUGUGUACAGAUGAUGUCCCCUUUUGUCUGGAGACAAGAACAAUGUUGAAGAAAUAUCCACGAUGACUGAGAUUUGACAGAGCCUUGGAUGGCGAGGUCGCACAACCAUAGGAUGUCUAUAUUAUGUUAUGUGUUUGUCUUUAAUUAAGACACAUUGUACAUACAGAUUUUUUUAUCCUGCAAAGAAUGUUGUUGAAGAAUGUGCUUCCAUGUCUGUAUAAUAACAGGUAUAGAUAUCAUGAGUAUGACACUGGUUAUACAAAGCUCCUCACUCUAGAUUCUUAUAGGUAGGCAUACUGACUCAAUAGAAGAGAUUUUUUUUAUAUAUUGUAUUUUUUGUAAUAAAUUGAUAAACCUCA